CCUCCACAGGGAAAGCGCACAUUCCUAUUGUCCAAGAUGGCGGCGUAGGAGCAGAUCCUCUGAUGCUGACAUGUUUUUAAACGAGUUUACGCUUUUAUUUCGAUAUUUAUGCAAAUAUUCAGCGCAGGGAGAGGUAGCGUGUCUCGGCCGAAGCUGUCGCCUGCCUCGCUGUUUCGGCUAAACCUCCUGGAAGUCGCUCUCCGGGCCGGAUUCCCGUUGCAGGCACCGAAAAGUUUGAGCUCCAUCCUCCUUUGAAAAUGAAGCGGCAGGCCGGGAGGGAGACCAGCCCGUCCAGGGCCAUCGCGAAACGGAUCCGGGAGAGGGAGCGGGAGAGCGCGCGGAGGGAGGAGCUGCCGCCGCCGCCGCCGCCCCCGCUGGCUCUGCUGCUGGCGGAGAGCCGCGGAUACCACCGCCGGAGCCGCAGCAGGGAGCGGGAGAAGCCGCGGCUCCGGGAGGAGCGUGCGGCCGCCCUGGAGCUCCAUCACCGACACGAGCUCAGCCUCCUCGGCCGCCCGCCUCUGCGCACCACGGCGGCGGAGCUGCCCGGAGCCGCCGCCGCUGCCGCCGCCGCCGCCGCCAGGCCGGGAACGCUGGAGUACAAAACGCUGCUCAUCAGCAACCUGGGCUCGCAGGUCUCGGACGAGGACGUGGAGGACGCGCUGUUUCACGAGUUCAAAAAGUUCGGGGACGUCAGCGUGAAGCUGUCGCACACGCCGGAGCUGGGCCGGAUCGCCUACGUGAACUUUCGGCACCCGGAGGACGCCAAAGAGGCCCGGCACGCCAAAUCCUCCAGGUUGGUUUUAGGAGAUCGGCAGCUUAAGAUUGAGCCCAUGUACGUGAGGAGGCGGAGCGUCACGCCGCCUGACGCGGGUUAUUUGCCUCUGCACGCCCCGUACCCCUACAGACAGCGCUCCCUGUCCCCCCCGGGGCCCGCCGGGGUGAGUAACAUCAGGGACCUCAGAGCCAGACACUACGCCCUGGAGACUCUGGGUCUCAGCAGGGAGAGGGAGAGGAUUCUGGACUACUAUGGCAUGCUGGAUGAAAGGGGCCGGCCUUAUGGCUUCGCCCCCGUGCCCGUGGUGGAGGACUUAAAACCUGAGGACGAUCAGAGAGCGACCAGCAACCUUUUUAUUGGAAAUUUAGACGGUCAGGUGACAGAAGCAGAGCUCAGGAGGGGGUUCGACAAGUACGGCAUCAUUGAGGAUGUUGUGAUUAAACGCCCGGCUCGCGGACAGGGGGGCGCCUAUGCUUUUGUGAAGUUUCAGAACCUGGACAUGGCCCACCGGGCCAAAGUGGCCAUGCAGGGACGGCUCAUCGGUGGCAACCCGAUAAAGAUCGGCUAUGGCAAAGCUAACCCGACCACACGGCUCUGGGUGGGCGGUCUGGGGCCCGGGAACUCGCUCGCUGCCCUCGCUCGGGAGUUCGACCGCUUUGGGAGCAUCAGGAACAUCGACUAUAUAAAGGGGGACAGUUUUGCCUACAUCCAGUAUGAAAGUCUGGACGCUGCUCAAGCCGCCUGCACCCAGAUGAGGGGCUUCCCUCUAGGUGGCCCAGAGCGGCGCCUCAGGGUGGACUUUGCUAAAGUGGAGGAGAGCCCCUCUCGGGCGUUUCCCCCCGGUUACCAGCCCCCCGUCGCCGCCCCCUCACACUACGACCUCGUCGGGGACAGCUACAGCCGCCAUCGCAGCCUGGAGCGAGAGCUGAGGGGGGUCAGGGACCGCUCCUCGCCCCCCUCCCACAGCCUCCUCUCGCAGAGGGAGCGGGAGCGGGCCCUGCUGGAGAGGGACUACGCCGCCAGCCCCACCCGGAGCCUGGAGAGGAGGGCGGCGGCAGUGGAGGCGUUCGGGAGGAGAGGAGCGAGGAGUCGCAGCCGGAGCAGGGAGCGCUGGCUGAAGGAGCGGGAGGAGAGGAGGAACAGGAGGAGGAGCAGGAGUCCGUCCACCGACAGGCCGGCGGAGGAGAGGGAGAAGGAGCGGGGGCGGUCGAGGGUUCGAGGUCAGAUAGGCGCCAUCUCUCCUGAUGCGAGCCCAGACCGAGCCCGGGUUCGAGCUCCUGACUCCACCACAGAGCCGAGAGACCACUCCCCUGACAGCGGCGCAGGUGGGCGCCACUCCGCCACCAACGAAGAAGAUCCACCACCGGGCCGCCACCACAGCAAGCGGCCCGCCAGCGAGCAUGUCAACAACCACCACCACCGAAACAGCGAGGUCAUCGCCGCCGCCAGCUCUCCCGCCAUCCUCACGGACACGCACACCUCCUCCUCCCCCGGCACGCUGUCAGAGUUCGCCCAGGCCUCGCUGUCCAAAAUGUGGCACGGCUUCUUCGCUCUGAAGAACAGCAGCUUCCCCACGGACCUGUACCUGCUGGAGGGCGGCGCCGCCUUCUUCAACGCCAUAAUGAAGGAGAGCCUGAAGCUGCAGAACCAGAACCAGCCCAGCCAGCUGAAGAUCGUCCAGAGGCUCCGCAUGGACCAGACCCGGCUCGACGAGGUGUCGCGCCGCAUUAAACUCGGACGCCCCGACGGGUUCGCCAUCCUCCUGGCUCUCCAGGGCCCCGUCGACCGCCAGGCGCCCGCCCCCGAGCCGGGGCUGCAGGUGCGCUUGCUUCGCCACCUAGUGACCUACCUGCGGAACAAAGAGGCGGCCGGCGUCGUGAGCCUGCCCGCCGUUAAAGAAGGGGGACCCGGGGCGAUGCUGUACGCCUUCCCCCCCGGAGUGUUCUCACAGCAGUACCUGCAGGCCGCCAAGAGGACUGUGGGUAAUAUGGACGAGGAGCACAUGGUUAUUGUGAUCGUUAAUGACACUAAUUGAUUAUUACACUGAACAGUACGCGCAGAGCGAGCUGCGAGGAAACUACAAAUACUUCCACGUUGUUUUUAAAAAGAUGCAUCUCGUUGUUUUUAUCCGGUCUCUUCUAAACGAAACACUACGUCUCUCUCUGUCAUUACGUUACGCCUGCCUCUCCGACGAUCGCUCGGUCGUCACAUUUACAGACGACUUCAGUGUUUUAAUUGUUGCAAUGAGAAACACUUAAAGGAAACGGAUGUGAGCGCCUGCUGCACAAACAGGCGGCUCUGAUGCUUUUCUACUCUUAAGCUGUAACGUUCAACACUAAAUCGGAGAAGGGGGGUCGUUUUUUUUUUUUUUAAAAAAGCUCAUUUACUUUAUUUGUCUUUUAUCUGACUUUACCAAGUUGUUGUUAUGUGUGUGUAUAUAUAUCCAGUGUCCGCGGGGCUGGGAGGUUUUCUACAGAGUGAUUGUACUGUAAGCUGAACAGAGUCUGUCUCGCAGCCAGCAGAGCUAAAGGUGACCCCCCCCCCCCCUCCAACCCUCCCUAUUUUACAUAGCUAGUGUUUUUAUGAAUUGAACCAUUCCAGCUUCUUCUUUCUUUCUGAAAGGCGAGUGUGUGUUUGGGUCUGUAGUUGCAUGCAGGAAAAGACAGAGACAAAGGAAAAAGUUAUAUUUUGUCCGUUUUAAAAAAAGAAAAAAAAAAAACACAUGUAUUCUUCCCUUUCAGUAACCUGUUUGUUCAGCUGACGUGAGGUCUGAUCAUAUUACUGGUCUGGAUUUUAUACUGUGUACUGACUUUUACUCAACUUUAAUACAUCGAUCCAUCCAUCUCUUAUCCA